AUGUCUCUGUUGGCAGACUUCGGUGGGGUGGAGGAUUCGGACCUCCUGGACUUCCUGUUGGAUGACGUGUUUCCGGUGGUUCCUGAGGAGUACGGGAAGAACUGGGCUGUGGGGGACACGGAGGGUUUCUGUGACGCAGCGGUGGAGGGAUUCCUGUCGGAGCUCUUCGGAAGCCCUCUGUGUGAAGAUCCAGCCUCCCCUCCAACCAGUGACAGCGGUAUAUCUGAGGGUCAGGCUGCUGUCCCAUCUCCGGAGAAUUGGGAGUCGUCUCCUCCUCCUCACAGCCCCAGCAUUGUACAGAGCGAGCACAAACUACUCCAUGCUUCAGGAGGACAGCGGAGACCUGCACAGCGUGCGCUCCGAGACCUGUGAUGGAGACGUCUUCAUAGACUUGGAUGUCUGUGUGGAGCCGUGUGAUACGGACAUCUUGGAGCCCAUUGCUCUGUGUAUGGAAGAAGAGGAGGAUGAGGAUGACUCUGUGCACUUCCUGACCUCUCCGACACUCCAUCUGUCGGAGGAGGAGACCCGACUACUGAAGAAGGAAGGAAUCGUGUUACCCCAACACCUCCACCUCACCAAGACGGAGGAGCGCGCCCUGAAACGCGUCCGCAGGAAAAUCCGGAACAAGCGCUCCGCCCAGGAGAGAGCCGCAAGAAGAAGAAGGAGUAUGUGGACGGCCUGGAGACCCGGGUGACGGAGUGUACGGUUCACAAUCAGGCUCUUCAGAAGAAGGUUCAGCAGCUGCAGAAACAGAACAUGUCCUUACUGCAGCAGCUGAGGAACCUGCAGGCACUUGUGAGUCAGACCGGGACCAAGACCACAGCGGCCAGCACCUGCGUCAUGGUCUUGGCUCUCUCCUUCUGCCUCAUCCUCUUCCCCAGUCUGUAUCCAUUUGGGACGAAUGUUGGACACCAGAGCCAUCGUGGAGUUGUUUCUCGUCAGCUGCGAAAUCUCCACUCCGACCUUCCCGUCCUCAGUACAGCAGGUCCGGAUGAAGCUGCGGAGACACUUCAAGAAAUUGUUCUGGAGAAAAGCAAUACAGGGCCACCCCAGGAUGACUCCCUGCUGGACCUUUCACGUCAAGAGCUCCACCUGGACCCGUCCCUGCAGGGAGCUCAGAAUGACACCCCCGAGGUCCAAGACGUUGGAACCGCAGAAUCCAAACCUUCCAUUAACAGUAAUUCCUCCUCUGACCUUCCAAAACAGACGCAGCCGGCUGAAGGACAGCCUGACCCCCGACCUGGCGGUGAAUUGUCGGGUCCGCCAGAACUGCUGCAUGUCAUGCCAGACAAAUCCAACUGGCGGGAUAAGACUCGAAGCGUCAUCAUCACCCCCCACCCAUUCUGAUGAAAUGUAA